AAUUUUUUUUUCUAUUGUUAAUUAAGGUUUUUUUCGUAGCAAUUAACUGAUUGUAUUUUGUUAUUUUUGGUUAUGGAAUUACUUGUAUGGCCUGGUGAUCAUGGAUUACCCUCUAUGGAUCUUACUUCAAUUCAAAUGAUGGCUUAUUGUAAAUUUGCUGGUGCUCCUGUUAAAGUUAAUUACUUGAAUAGAAGUUGGAAUAUUUUUAAUCAUAUUCCAUUAUUUACUCAUGGAUUUAAUGUGAAAUUAAAUUGUCUCAAUGAUUUGGUUGCUCAUCUACAACGUCAGAAUUACAAUUGUGAUCAAAAGUUAACAAAAUCAUCUCCGAUUGAUGUUCAAGCUUAUAUGUCAAUUAUCAGUCAGAAACUUGAACCUGCUCUUACUUAUCUCUAUUGGGGUCAUGAAGGAAAUUAUCUAAGUUUAACUAGACCUUGGUAUGCAAAGAGAUUACCUUUCCCGGCGAGUUGGAUAUUACCUGAUCGGUAUCAAAAUACCAAUAGAGAGAAAUUGAUUGUUCUGAUCGGUGAUCAAGAAAAAUGGCCUGAAAAGGAGAAACAAUUAAUCGAUGAGGCGGAAAAAUGUUUAACUUUACUUUCUCAGAAACUUGGUGAUCAGAAAUACUUUUUCGGAGAAUCACCGACCAUUUUUGACGCUUAUGUUUACGGUUAUUUGGCAAUUUGUACAAUACCCUUUCCACAUUUAAAUCCACUAAGAAAUUCACUUAACAAUUUAACUAAUCUACUAGAUUAUGUUACAAGGAUUAAGCGAUCAUAUUUUCCAGAUACAAAUGAAGCAACCGAAGGAAAAAUCAAAUCGGAUGACAACGAGUUCCCAAAUAAACGCCUUGAUAUAACACUUUCUGCGCUUUUCGCUGCCACCGUCAUGUUAACUUAUGCGUAUUUACACUUGCGACAUUUCAAGAAAUAUCAAUGAUGCAUUUUGUACACAAACACAUCUAUGGGUGACCUUUGUUGCUUUAAGAAGAGGAGAUCAUAAUGUAGAUUAGAGAUAAACAAUAUUGUCAAAUUAUCGUUAAAUAACAAAAUAACAUCAUGGAUGUUGAAAGAAAACACCAA